ACCACUCCACCCAGUCAGCCGCUUGAUCUCACUUCUGAAGGUGUCCGCAGGUGAAAAACCUAGAAACUGGGCCAAGAUUUAAGUUUACCUCAAAUAUGGAAGAUUUUAACUGGGAGAAUUACAGCUUGGAAGACCUCUUCAAAGACAGUAAUUACAGUUACAACACUGAUUUGCCCUUUAUUCUACCAGACUCUGCCCCCUGCUUUCCGGAAUCUCUAGAUAUUAACAAAUACGCAGUGGUUGUUAUAUAUGUCCUGGUGUUCCUGCUGAGCCUGCUGGGAAACUGUCUGGUGAUCCUGGUGGUCUUAUGCAGCCAGCUCAGCCGCUCUGUCACCGACGUCUACCUGCUGAACCUGGCCAUAGCCGACCUCCUCUUUGCCUUGACCCUGCCUAUCUGGGCCGCUUCUAAGAUGAAGGGCUGGGUCUUCGGCACAGCCUUGUGCAAGCUGGUCUCGCUCCUGAAAGAGGUCAACUUUUACAGCAGCAUCCUGCUGCUGGCCUGCAUCAGUGUGGACCGCUACCUGGCCAUUGUCCACGCCACGCGCACACUGACCCAGAAGCGGCACUGGGUCAAGUUCAUAUGCCUAGGCAUCUGGACCCUGUCCUUUAUCCUGUCCCUGCCCAUCUUCAUCUUCCGCAGGGCAUUUGACCCACCCUUUUCCAGCCCAGUCUGCUAUGAGGACAUGGGGGCUAAUACAACAAAAUGGCGCAUUGUUUUGCGGGCCCUGCCUCAGACCUUUGGCUUCGUCCUGCCACUACUGGUCAUGCUGUUCUGUUACGGCCUCACCCUGCGCACGCUGUUUGCCACCCACAUGGGGCAGAAGCACCGGGCCAUGCGGGUCAUCUUUGCUGUCGUGCUGGUCUUCCUGCUCUGCUGGCUGCCCUACAACCUGGUGCUGGUGGCCGACACCCUCAUGAGGAUGCAGGUCAUCAAGGAGACCUGCGUGCGCCGCAACCACAUCGGCCAGGCCCUGGAUGCCACCGAGAUUCUGGGCUUCUUUCACAGCUGCCUCAACCCUCUCAUCUAUGCCUUCAUUGGCCAGAAGUUCCGGCACGGCCUCCUCAAGAUCAUGGCCAGCCACGGCAUGGUCAGCAAGGAGUACCUGGCCAAGGAGGGCAGGCCUUCCUUUGUUAGCUCUUCUUCAGGGAACACGUCAAUUACCCUCUAAGACCCCACCCCGUUGCAGCCCCUCAGGCUCCUCCCUGCCUUUCAGCAUCCCCCGCCAAGGCUCGUGGGCACUGGCAGAUCACAGCCUCUGUGCCAAGGCAGCCCUCACUGUGGUCACGGGAAGUUGCUGAAGCCAUAUCCUUACCAGGCCUGGUUUAGGUUUACCACCCUUACCAGGUAUGGUUUAGAAAGCCAGCCUGGUGCCCCACCCCUUAUGUGUAACUACUGUGUCAACUGCUAGAGCUCUGUCCUUCCUACCUCUGAGCCCACUGCACUGUCUUUGGGCUACUUUAAGGACAUUCUUUGAAGUGACUGCAAAAUAUUCCCACAGCUGGGAACUAUCCAUGGCAAACGCCUUGGGUUUCCUUGUCUGUUAGGGAAGUCUGCCUCCCAAGAGAGGGGCCAAAAUGACAGACACUCAAUUUCUAGGACUCCCCUUAAGCUAGAAGUGACCAUAUUUCUGGGGUGCAUCUGCUAUGGAAAACAGGGUGACAAUUCCUCAAAAAAAAAUUAAAGACAGACUUACCAAGUGAUCCAGCCAUUCCACUUCCAAAUAUACACGCCAAAAAAAAAAAAAGCAGACUUGUGUAGAUAUGCAUACAUACAUGUUUGUAGCAGUAUUAUUCAUAAGAGCCAAAAUGCUGAAAUCAUGUGAAUGGUGAUCUACAGAAGGAUGGCUGAGCAAUGAGUACUGAAUACAUACAAUGGAAUAUUAUUCCUUCUCGUGAGGGAAUGACAUUCUGAUAUAGGCUACAACAUGAAUGAAGCUUGAAAUUAUGCGAAGGGAAAUAAGCCAGACACAAGCAUUGUAUAAUUCCAAGCCUAAGAGAUGCCCGGAAUAGCCAAAUUUAUAAGACAGAUUAGCAAGUGGUUGCCAAAGGCUGAGGAGUUAUUGUUUAAUGGAUACAGAAUUCAGUUUGGAUGAUGAAAAGUUUCCAGAGUGGGAUCCUGGUGUUGUCUAACAACGUGAAUGUACUACACUGUAGCUUUUAAAAUGGUAAAUUGCAUGUUAUGUAUAUUUUACCACAAUUUUUAAAAAAAAGAAACUUAAUUCCCAAAAGGCAAGUUUUAACUUCUGAAUCAACCCUGGAAUCACCUUCCUAUACAUUUGA